AGACUGCCAUUAAGGAAUGGGAGGCAACCAAUCAUGGGUCACAGAAUUCAUCCUGGUGGGAUUCCAGCUCAGUGCAGAGAGGGAACUGCUCCUCUUCUGGAUCUUCUCCCUGUUAUAUAUUUUCAGCCUGAUGGCAAAUGGCAUGAUCUUGGGACUCAUCUGUUUAGACCCCAGUCUGCACACCCCCAUGUACUUCUUCCUCUCACACCUGGCCAUCAUCGACAUGUCCUAUGCUUCCAACAAUGUUCCCAAGAUGUUGACAAAUCUGAUGAACAAGAAAAGAGCCAUCUCCUUUGUUUCAUGCAUCGUGCAGACAUUCUUGUAUUUGGCUUUUGCUGCUACCGAGUGUCUGAUUUUGGUGGUGAUGUCCUAUGAUAGGUAUGUGGCCAUCUGCCACCCUCUCCAGUACACUGUCAUUAUGUCCUGGAGAGUGUGCACGAUCCUGGCUCUCAUGUCCUGGUCAUGUGGGCUUGCCCUGUCCCUAGUACAUGCAAUUCUCCUUCUAAGGUUGCCCUUCUGUGGGCCACGGGAUGUGAACCACCUCUUCUGUGAAAUUCUGUCUAUCCUCAAGCUGGCCUGUGCUGACACCUGGGUUAACCAAGUGGUCAUAUUUGCUGCCUCUGUGUUCGUCUUGGUCGGGCCUCUUUGUCUGAUGCUGGUCUCCUACAUGCACAUCCUCUGGGCCAUCCUGAAGAUCCAGACAAAGGAGGGCCGCAGAAAGGCCUUCUCCACCUGCUCCUCCCACCUGUGUGUGAUUGGACUCUUCUUUGGUAUAGCCAUGGUGGUCUAUAUGGUCCCAGACUCUAAUCAACGAGAGGAGCAGGAGAAAAUGCUGUCGUUGUUUCACAGUCUCUUUAACCCAGUGCUGAACCCCUUGAUCUACAGCCUGAGGAAUGUUCAGGUGAAGGGUGCCCUCCACAGAGCACUGCAGAGGAUGUGGUCUAUGUAAGGAGUGGACAGAGUGUUAGUUGGAUAGGGCAUUGCUUUUAAACCUAUGAUUUGCUCAAGCAAAAACAGAAUUUUUUUUCAAUUAGAAGUUGGAUAUAAAUAUGAUAAUUUUUCUAAUUCUGGCACUGAAAAUAGGACGUUACAGUGAAAAAAUAACAUAUUAUAUUUUACAGUACCCUUCCCACUGAAAACUCUAUGGAGUAUGAACCCAGUUUCUGCAUUAAAUUUCUUUUUGAGAGUCACUCCUAUUUGGAGAGUGGAAGACAUGGAAAAGCUAUUUUCCUUUGGAAUUUGCAUCAUUUUCUCAGUAUUUUAUUGAAAAUCUCCCAGUUUGAAAGAAAAGCAAACUAAACUCAAAGCAAGCAUAAAGCAAUAUGGUUUAGGAUGCAUAUAAAUAAAAUAGAAAAAUGAAAAAGAAUAAGAAAAUCGAUGAAAACAAAAGUAUUUCUUUGAAAAGAUUAAGAAAAUUGACAAACUUUAGCUAGAUUUACCAACAAAAAAAUGAAAGACUCAAAUUACUAAAAUUAGGAAUAUAGAAAACAUCAUUAGCAAUCUUACAGAUAUAGAAAAGUUUAUAAAAGAACACUGUGAACAACUCUAUGUGAACAGCUAGAAACUUACAUAAAAGGAAGAAUUCCGAGAAAGACACAAUUUAUCAACUCAGUCAAAAUAAAGAAUCUGAAUAGAUUUCUAAAAAGUAAAGAAGUUGUAUUAGUAAUUUUAAAUCUUGCACCAAAUAAAGUUGUCAAUCACAUUGCUGUAAUAGCAAAUAAUAACUUAAUUUUUAAAAAUAAUACUAUUUCUUCAUAAAAAUCUCCCCAAAAUGGAAGAAAACGGAACAUUUCCCAACUUGUUCUAUGAGGCCGGUAUCACUUGAUACCAAAAAACAAAGACAUCACAGGAAAUGAAAACUAUAGACCAAUUUCUUUACGAAUAUAGAUGGAAAAAUCCUCAAUAAAUAUUAGCAAACCAAAUGUAGCAAACGUAAUUAUCAAAUGAGAUUUAUUCAAAGAAUGAAAGGUUGUUUAAACAUUAAAACUCAAUGUAAUAGACCAUGUUAAUAAAAUAAAGAAAAGAAAACAUAUCUCAUUAUAUAUACUAAAGGCAUUUGACAAUUCCAAAAUCCUUUCCUGACCCCCUCCCCAGGUCCCUGCCACACACACACCAGACUAGAAAUAUAAGGGAACUUCAAGCUGAUAAAGGGUAAACAAGAAAACCACAGCUAAAAUUACAGUUAAUUGUUGGACUGGGAUGCUUUCCCUAUAAGAAACAUCAUCAAAGUAGUCCUUUGUUGCUGCUUCUCUUUGGCAUUAGAGUGGAAGUUCUAGCCAGAGCAAAAUGAGAAAAAGAAAUAAAAGGCAUCCAGAUUGGAAAGGUGUAAGGUGAAAUGAUCUUGUGCAUAGAAAAUUCUUAGGAAUUUCUUAAAAAUCAGCUCAAACAAAUAAA